AUGGCAGGAAAAGGAAAAGGGAAGAAAAAAGAGAAGAAAGAAAAAGCUGAAGGUGGUGAAGAAAAGAAAAAAGGAAAAAAAGGAGGCGGGGGUGGUCGAGGCAAGAAAGGAAAAUCCAAAGGACGAUGUAACGUGGACAUGUUAACCGAUGCAGCUAUGAAUAACGUCUAUUACGCUUGCCAUAACGUCCAGGAGUUGUUACAAGCAAGAGGGUUUCAUCCACCUGACUUUAAUAAGAAGAAAAAGAAGGGAAAACGAUAA